UUUCAAUCCCUCAGACCCACAAAAUCAUUAGUGUAUCGAUUUUCCGCCGUUCUCAAAGGGAACCACAGUAUCAUAGGAUGGCCAUGGCAGCUGCCAUUGUAGCCACCAUGCCAGCCUUAAAACACCUAAUAAGAAUAACAUUCACUCCCCCAUUUCCACGCAAACUCCAAAAAUUCCACUCGCUAGCUUCCCUUUCUCCUAAUUUCACUCAGGAGGGUCCACAGCAACAGCGGCUGGAGCAGGAGCAACAAAAUCAACUAACAAACAACAACAACACUAGCAGAAGCAGCAGUUCGACUUCAUAUUUUCCGAAGAGAGGGCAAACUUUGGAGUUGGUAUGCGAGUCUUUAGCUUUCAAAGGGAAGGGGGUGUGCAAGGUAGUAGGGACUGGUUUUGUUGUCAUGUGUGACCGUGCUCUCCCUGGUGAAAGGUUUAUUGGACGGGUUACUCGCAGAAAGGGAUCCUAUGCUGAGGUAACCAAGGUAGAGACAAUAACACCUCACUGGGAUCUCGUAGAUGCCCCUUGUGAGUAUGCCCCAUAUUGUGGUGGUUGUAAAACACAAAACCUGUCUUAUGAGUCUCAGCUUAGAGCCAAGGAACAACAAGUUCGUGAGUUAACAAUACAUGUUGGAAAGUUUUCGGACAAAGUUCCAGAAUUUUGUAGCAUCAUGAAGCCUAUUGUUCCAUGUGUUAUUCAAUUCCAUUAUAGAAACAAGAUGGAGUUUUCUUUUGGUUCUAAAAAAUGGUUACCUAAAGAGUUGUUGGGAGAGAAACAAGUUGGUAACGAGAAAUAUGCAUUGGGACUGCAUGCUCCUGGAUUUUUUGACAAGGUUCUAAAUGUUGACAAAUGCCUGUUACAAAGUGAGCCUGCCAACAUGGUUCUGGCAGCCAUCCAAGAUUGCUGGAGAGAUUCACAAUUUGGUCUCACUCCAUAUGAUGUUCACUCUCACACUGGAUUUCUUAAACAUCUAAUGCUAAGAACUGGAAGGAAUGCAGAGACUGGUUUGCCUGAGCUUAUGGUUAAUUUUGUGACCUCGUCGUACAAGCCAGAGCUGCUGAAGCCCUUAGUUGAAAAGAUUUCAGCUAUUCCAGAAGUGGUAAGCAUUAUGAAUAAUGUGAAUGCUUCUGUUGGCAACACGUCUGUUGGUGAGGAGGAAUACACUUUGUAUGGCAAAUCUACCAUCACAGAGAUCUUAAGAGGACUGACCUUCCAAAUUUCAGCCAAUUCUUUUUUCCAGACAAAUACUCAUCAGGCAGAGGUUCUGUAUAAACUUAUUGAAGAUUGUGCUGGUCUCAGAGGGGAUGGCUCACAAAUUGUCCUUGAUCUAUUUUGUGGAACUGGCACUAUUGGUUUGACACUUGCCAGAAGGGCUAAACAUGUAUAUGGCUAUGAAGUAGUUCCUCAAGCAAUCUCAGAUGCUCAUCGAAAUGCCAAGCUGAACAGGAUCAGCAAUGCUACAUUUGUCCAGGGGGAUCUAAACAAAAUUGAUGAAAGUUUUGGCAACAAUUUUCCGAAGCCUGACAUUGUCAUUUCAGAUCCAAACCGUCCUGGUAUGCACAUGAAGUUGCUUAAAUUUCUGAUAAAGCUCAAGGCCCCACGCAUUGUUUAUGUAUCGUGCAAUCCCGCCACAUGUGCCCGUGACCUAGAUUACCUUUGCCAUGGUGUGAAAGAGAAAAAUAUAGAAGGAUGUUACAAACUUAAAAGCCUGCAGCCAGUGGACAUGUUUCCCCACACCCCGCAUAUUGAGUGUAUUUGCCUAUUAGAGCUUUUCUGAUCCUUGCUCAUGACUACAAUCUAUACUGCCAAGGUGCAAGACUUUUAGCUCUCAGCUGAGGCUCCAGUCCGAAGUUUGAUGUUCGGGAUUCAGUGAAGUUUCUAAUGCAGCCCGCAUUUACCUUACAUUAGUUUUCGAUGCCAAAACAACUGAAUAGUGAGACAAUAUCAAGAGAUCCUCACUGCUUGCGUUUUUCUCUAUAGUGGUCAUUCAUUUUGCAUUGCAGUAGUUGAUGUACGGGUGGUUUUGACCUUGAGACAUCGGUAAAGUGUGUUUUUAUGCUGUUCUAAGGAUUGAGUUAUGCUUAAAAGUUGUGAAUAAAUUAUUUUCUUA